UGGUUCUGACACGACCGGAACUCACCACGCGUGCCGUUUGCAUGAGUGACGGUGAAUGAUGAGUCACACAGAAGCACCGCGCCAUGUCAUUGCGCCAACAAUUUGUCAACAACAGCAAGAGCAACUUGAAUUUUUUUGCCAUGCUCCGUUAGUUGGACAGGUUGUUUUCAGGUCUGACACUUUUAACAUUCCAGUUUCGUUUGUGUUACGGAUUAGCUGUCGCUGUGCGAUUAUUAUGGUGAUUUGCCUACUUAUUUGUUCAUUCGUUGUACUUGGAAUCAUGGAUGACGCUUCCUAAAGUAAUAACGGUAUAACCAACUUAGAACUAAGAAGUUUCUUUUUCACCAGUUUAGUUUACUGUGCUGUUUACGAUUGGCAACAGUUAACACAUCUCAGCUCGCAGGAAAGACAGUUAUCCUAUCGUUCCAUUGAUGUCGUCCUGUUAAUUCUGUGUGAUCUCAAAUUCUUGUAUGUUUUUCCUGGAAAUUCACAAAUCUGUCCCCGUUAUCGGAGUUUAUUUACUGCGUGCUGCUGGGAAUUGACAAGCUAGACUACAGAGAUAGCAGCGUAUUCUUAUCUGCAUUGAUAAAUGUGGCGCAUGUGGGUACAACCUGGUUGAGUUGCCUGCGUAAAGCACGGUGAAAACAGAAGCUGGAACUGUGGAGUUAUCAGUCUGAUUGGUUGUGGAUGUGAAAAGGAAUUUUUGCCAUACUCUUAUGUUAGCGCAGGAUUAGAAAAAUCUGAGGAAUUCAUUUAGCCACCUGUUUGCAUACAUUCCGCGCGGGGUUUUCCGCUGGCCAUCCGUGUUACAGACGCCAUUGUGCUGGUGAUAUUAUGGUGGAGAAAUGUGUGCGAGAUCGCGUGGAGAGCGUACCGUGCAGUGCGAGCGCGACCCUGUGCAACUGGCAGCGUGAAGUGUCCUUGAAGGUCUCUAAUGGCUCAACGGAUUCGCUCUUUGCCAGUCCAUCCGGCUGUGCCGGAUGCGGCGAUGCCGUCUGCGGACUGGUCAUGGUGGCCGGCGACUGUGUCUACCAUCCCGAGUGUUUUUUAUGCGGCCAGUGCCAGUGCAUAAUUGGCGUCAGUGAGCCGUUUGUCCUCCUGGCCAGCGCCAGGCUCUGCUGUGAGAAAUGCUGGCAGACCAAACAGGACCCCGCUGAUGGUGACGCCAACACGCAUCCCCUCCUGCAUGUUAUUUGCACGCCGUCCGCCGACUUUGAUGCCCUUUUCCGCGAAAAACCCCCAUGCCUUCGAAUUGUAAAAAUGGGUGUGGGAAGUGUGGGAAAUAUUCGCAUCGGUGAUGAGAUCGUGGAGGUGGAUGGCCGUCCCGUGACGGACGAGAACUGGAGAGAGUUACUGUCCUCGAUUCGCUAUCGUCCUGAAAAACUGCCCCUUACUUUACACCGUCCGUCCGAUGGGCAUAAUAAAUGUGCCACGCUUCCGGUUAUCUCCCGUCCCCGCCACUCCGUCUCCCCCAUCAAUCCCCGCCCGCGCGCCUUUUCCCUAAACCGGCGGCGCAGUCGCUCCACUUCCCUGCCGCGAUACUCCACCAUCGAUGAGCCGGACUGUGCCGCGCCCGUCCGUCCGAACUCCGGGCUGGGCCGCAGCAGUGAGCAGCGUGGCAGCCGGCAGGAACUGCUGCGCGGCGUCUCCCAUCGGGCCCAUGAUCACCGCGGACACCGCUCCUUCCGGCCGUCGGAUCUCGUGGAGCUGGAAGAGAUCGGGCGGGGCACGUACGGGGUCACCUUCAAAAUCUGCCACCGGGAAACCGGCGAGAUUAUGACGAUGAAGAAACUCUACCGGUUCGAUCGUGUGGCCCAGGAAGAUUUUCUCCGCGAGAGCGCCGUCUUACGCAACGUGGACCAUCCCAAUGUGCUGCGUUUCAUCGGCGUGGUGAUCAAGGGGUAUAACCUGCACAUUAUCACCGAGUACGUGGCGGGCGGGACCCUGGAGGAGCGCAUUAAGGACCUGACGCAGCCGUUCGCCUGGCCGGAACGAGUGGGGGCCGCCCGUGAUAUUGCCGCUGGAUUGGCGCAUUUGCAUUCCUUGAGUAUAAUUCAUCGGGAUCUCAAAGUGGACAACUGUCUCAUUCGAGAGGAUGGAUCGGUCGUUGUGGCGGAUUUCGGAUUGGCCUGCAUCCUGCAAAAAAUUCCCAGUUCGCGACAUUCCGUGCACGGCUUCUCGUCCGACGAGCCGUCGGCCUCCAACAGCGAGGAGAAUCUGACCAGUUCCACCAUGAGCAGCGGCCGGAAACGGCGUUUGACGCGCGGUCCCAAACGGCAGACAGUGUGCGGCAACGCGUUCUGCAUGGCGCCGGAGAUGCUGCAGCACUGCUAUGAUGAACGCGUGGAUAUCUUCUCCUUCGCCAUCAUUCUCAUACAGAUGUUAGCCCGCAUCCCCAGCGACCCGGAGACCGGCGUCCCGCGCAGCCGCGACUUCGGUCUGGACCGCGAGCGCAUCCUGUCCACGCUGGUCCGUCCGGACACCCCGCCGCUGUACGUGACGAUCGCCUUAUUAGCCGGGGAUGUCGACCCGGAGCGCCGGCCGUCCUUCGCGCUUCUCCAGUCGUGGCUAGGGCGCCUGCUGCUCUGUCUGGAAGCCAAGCUGCCGGUGUCGUUGGAUCUGCACGCCGAGGUGGAGGAGUUUGUCCGCAGUGAUGUGGAACAGCCGCUGGUGAAGAAUCCCUUUCUGCGUGCCGCCAGUGAGCCGUUCUUCGAUGUUGAGAGCGGGGAUAGUGGAUACGGGGACGGCGGGGAAUCGGCGCGGAACAGUGUGCGGUCGCUGGUGAUUCGGUGAUAACAGAAAUGUGGGAAUGAGCUUUUACGUGAUAGAGCGUCGGCAGCAUGUUGUGUGGAUGGGUUGUGAAUGAUCUGGGUGGUAAUUUAUGAAUUUGUUUUUACGUUUUUCUGGGUCUGAUUCAAUGAUUUUCUUGGUCUGAUUUAACCUACAUUCCUUUCUUCAGUUUCUACAUUGUUGUUUUGUAAAAAAACGUCCUUGGCAGAUAGAGAGUUUAACUGUAAUACGAUUAUAAACAGUUUUAAUGUGUCCAGAAUUUGCUGACAAGAACAGAGAAUAGUAUGAGCAUUAA